AUGUUUGGGAAAAGGAAAUUAAUAGAUUCACAAGAACCAAAAAAGAAAAAAAAAUGGAAGGAAGAAUUACAUGACGAUUUAGAUGAUAUUGAUUUAGAAUGUUUAAAAUAUGUAGAAGAAGACGUACAAGAAGAUGAUGUUGAUAAAAAUACUACUACUAAUAAUAAUAAUAAUGAUGAUGAUAUAAAUGAUUGUGAUAAUAAAAAGUCAACUGUUUAUUCAGAUCUUUUAGAUGAGAAAGAUAAAAUAAAUAAGGAUAAAGCAUUAAACUUAUCAGAUAAAAUGGAACUAAUAAAUAAUAUAAGUAAUGAUAAUCAAUGUGUGACUAAGAAAAGACGAUAUGAUUGGAUGAGUAGUGAUGAUGAAGAUAUAACGAGUGAUGAGGAUGAAGAAAGUUUAAUAAACGAGGACAUAAAAGAAAAGACAACAGAUAAAAUAAAAUACGACACAUCAAAUAAUAUAAAAGAUAAAAUAUCAAAAGAUUUAGAACAAGAUAUUUCUGAAUAUGAACAUAUAAAUAAUAAUAAAUAUAACAAUAAUAAUAAUGAGGAUAAAACUUUUAUUAAAGUGGAGAGUAAAAAUAAUAGCAUUCAUAAUAAUAAUAUUACUUAUGAUAUAUUAAAUGACAUCAAUAAAUUUUCCAUCAACCCAGUAGAUAUAAAAAUGCAAGAUAUUGAACAUAUAAUAACAUAUAUAUAUUUCAAUAACAUACAUUUUAAUUGUAGUAUUAAAAAUUUUGUUGAGUUCUUAGAGAAUAAUAUAAAUAAUAAAAUUAUACAAAUAAAUUCAGAUAAAUUAACUAACCAUACUAUAUUAUAUAAAUAUGAUGAAAAAAAUAAUGAUACAGUUAUUAUAAAUAAAUUUACUCAUCAUGGAAAAUUAUUUGUUCAUGUGAAAACAUAUGAAGAUGUUGUUACGUUACUAAAAUUGAAUGAGACCCUUUUCAUGGGAAGAAUUAUAAAGUCUAUACAAGCGUAUAGGAAGAAUGAUAGAUUUUUCAUUUUGCAAGCUCCUUCACAAUACAAGUAUUUCAUUAAUUUGGCAGUUCAUGAAAAAAAUAAAAGAAAAAGAAAAGGAUGA